UUGAUUCCGAUAAGUUGAAAUAAGAUGAACAGAAAAUAAAAUCUUUUGAUUCACAUUAUAGAGAAUUAAAUUUGUGAAAUUAUUAAAAAAAUAUUUAUCAAAGAUGGCAAAACACUGGACAGAUUUGAUUUGGGAUUAUCUUGUAUUUAUCAUUGUUGUUGUUCUUGCGUCGGUCGUGCCAUUAUGGAGCAGAUUUUUUGGAAAUAAAAAAACUCGUACAAAGGCGGAUUAUGUGUUUGCAACUGGUAGCGUUUCCAUCAUCUCAAUGAUGUUGUCGGUUGCUCGAGGGACAUUAGGUGUCAGAUCAAUCAUAGGCUUUCCAAGUGAGUUUUAUUAUCGUGGAUCAGGCAUGUGGGAGACAGUUUACGGAAUGGUUGCUGCUUAUCCAAUUGUAUGCUUUUUAUUCAUCCCAGUUUACUUUAAUCUUGGAAUCACAUCAGUUUAUCAGUAUAUUGAAUUACGUUUCAAGAGUCGAUUUGUUCGUCGUCUCGCUUCGGCUACUUACGCUCUACGUUCGAUAUUGAAUCUUGGAGUGACUGUUUUCACACCGACAGUUGCACUUUACACUAUCAUGGGAAUUCCCGUGUGGAUGUCGCUCGUGGCAAUCACAAGCAUCAGCAUUGGAUUUAAUCUUCUCGGUGGAUUAAAAGCUGCGAUAACUGCUGAUGUUAUCCAAGUUUUAGUGACAAUCGCUGUAUCUGCUGCAAUCAUAAUUCAAACGAUGAUCGAAUCAGGCGGUGCAGGAAAUGUUAUUAAAAAAAAUCUUGAUGGCGGUCGAUUAGAUUUUUUCAAUUUCACUGGCGAUCUUACAGUACGUGUUGAUACAACAUCAGCUUUAAUUGGACAACUUUUUAUGUCGAUGAGUCUGUUUGGUUGUCAACAAAACUUUGUUCAACGCUACAUGAGCAUGAAAAGUUUCAAACAAGUUUCAAAAAUGAUGAUGUUGAACAUUCCCGUUAUCACUGUUCUAUUCUCGUUAUCAUGGGUUGUCGGCAUGGGCAUUUAUGCAGCUUACUCAGAAUGUGAUCCAUUGAAGUUCGGUUAUACAAAGUCAGCAGACGCUAUUCUUCCAUUCUUUGUUGAAGAUAAAUAUUCGUUUGUGCCGGGAUUGAUGGGAAUCUUCUUGUCAACAUUAUUCAACGGUGCACUAAUUCUUAACAUCUCCAAUCUCAACUCGCUUGCAACAGUCACAUGGGAAGAUUUCUUAUCGAACUUGCCAUAUUUUAGAAAUAUGGAUGAUAAGAAACAACUUCGAAUCAUUAAGCUAAUUGGUUCCAUUUAUGGUCUCAUGAUUAUGGGUGUUGGAUUUCUUGUUCAAUUAUUGUCAGGCGUCAUUGAAAGCGCUCAACUUAUGACAAGUGCAACAAGUGGACCUUUACUAGGAGUUUUCCUUCUUGCUAUUUGCGUUCCUUUUGCUAAUUGGAAAGGUGCAGCCACGGGAAUGAUUAUAUCGCAUGUCACUGUUAUGUACUUGACGUUUGCACAUUUAACAAUUGACACGACAUCUGCGGAGUUUUUGGAAACAUCAAUUGCUGGUUGCACUAAUUCAUCAUUUUCAAGUUCAAUAAUAAGGCCUGGAAAAACAAUGUUCCUUGAACUUGUCCAACCGCUUGAAACUUCGAACAUGUUUGAGACGCAAAAUUUGAUUGAAUCUACUUUAGCUCCACCAACAGAAAAUGGUUUCCCACAAAACCUUUAUGCAGUCUCUUACAUGUACUACAGUUUUUUGGGAACUGCUCUAACAGUUAUCCUUGGAUCCAUCAUAAGUCUUUUGACAUUUUCAAAAGCCGAUACUUUCGAUUCAAAAUAUGUUCAUCCAGUUGUUUAUAAAAUUUCAAAGUUCUUCAAAGUGUCUGAGAGACUUUUCUCAGAUGAACAUAAAGAAUCAACUGUUAAAAAUAGUGAGUUGAGAGAACCAGUUGAACAACAUUUCAACAAAGCAUUUGAUGUGAAAAGUGAAAAUAACAUUGAAGCUUUUGAUGAAGAUGAAGUUAAUAAUAGUGCAAAGUUUAAGAAGAAUUUAGUUUACAAGUCUGACCUGCGCCCUAAAGAUACUUACAAAAGUCCUGUGGAAAAUUAUAAAAAGCUUGACGAAGACUCGAUAUUACCAUAAGCAAGAAUUAUAAGUACAAGUUUUUUAUGCAAGUUUCUUGUAUAAGUUUAUGCUACAAAACAUAAGCUUGUACAAGCAUCUUAUAAGAUUUGUAUUGGAAUUUUAAAUUUAUAGAAACUGUUACAAAUCGUAACAAACGUCCACAUGAUACAAAAUUAUUUAUUAUCUGUGAUGGAUAAGCAUCCUACAUAGCUAGUGUCUUAUUGUAGUAUUAAGUAACUUUAACUCUCAUAUUAAAUAUGCAGAAAUAAGGAAGACUCGGCAUUAAGUUUUAUAACUUUCUAUGGGUU